AUGCGACCGGCGAGGCCAAGCGCCCGGCUGCCCGCGCUGCUGCUGCUGGCGCUGGUCCUGUCGCUGCGCGGAACCCAGGGGAGGCCCGGGGGCCGCAGGGGCGCGCGCGUCGCGGGCGAGGAGCCGAAGCCCUGGCUGUCCCUCCCCGCGGCCUCCCGGAGGGCAGGUAAGCAGCCCCGCGGGAGCAGGCAGUCAGAAAUAUUCCCAAGAGAUUUGAACUUAAAAGACAAAUUCAUAAAGCAUUUCACAGGGCCAGUCACAUUUUCAGCCGAGUGUAGCAAACAUUUCCACAGGCUCUACCACAACACCAGGGAUUGCUCAACACCAGCUUAUUACAAAAGAUGUGCUAGAUUACUCAAAAGAUUAGCAGUGAGUCCUCUGUGCUCACAGGCAUAG